CAGGAGGAGACCCCACCUCCCCGCCCCGUCACUGACCCUUCUCGCUCGGGCGCCCCCAGGGGACAAGGCGCUGGACGGCUACAGCAAGAAGAAGUACGUGUGCAAGCUGCUCUUCAUCUUCCUGCUGGGCCAUGACAUCGACUUCGGGCACAUGGAGGCCGUCAACCUGCUGAGCUCCAACAAGUACACGGAGAAGCAAAUUGGUUACCUGUUCAUCUCGGUGCUGGUGAACUCCAAUAGCGAACUGAUCCGCCUCAUCAACAACGCCAUCAAGAACGACCUGGCGAGCCGCAACCCCACCUUCAUGUGCCUGGCACUGCACUGCAUCGCCAACGUGGGCAGCCGCGAGAUGGGCGAGGCCUUCACCUCCGAGGUGCCCCGUGUCCUGGUGGCUGGGGACACCAUGGACAGCGUCAAGCAGAGCGCAGCCCUCUGCCUCCUGCGCCUCUACAAGACCUCGCCCGACCUAGUGCCCAUGGGCGAGUGGACGUCGCCCCUCGCUGCGGGGGGGAGGGGACAGAGACCCGCCUGCCCGCCUGACCGGCCCACGUCUGCUUCUCCCCACAGGGACACCAUGGACAGCGUCAAGCAGAGCGCAGCCCUCUGCCUCCUGCGCCUCUACAAGACCUCGCCCGACCUAGUGCCCAUGG